UCGUUUCUAUGGUCUAUUUCGGCCUGAGCCUGAACAGUGGGAAAAUUGGAGGAGAUGUGUUCGUGAACUUUCUCAUCAUAGGCCUAGUGGAAUUCCCGGCUUACAGCGUAUGUUUCGUCAUAGACCGGCUGGGGAGAAAACGGCUUCAUAUAGCAGGGAUGGUGGUGGGAGGCUUGGCGUUACUGUGCACUAUUUUCGUUGAAGUGUACGCUGAGAAAGGCACUGAAGCAUACAAGUGGUCUAUCGUUUGCCUCACCCUUAUCGCCAAAUUUGGCUCCACGGUCGCCUUCGCCAUCGUCUUCAUCUGGACAGCGGAGUUAUUCCCGACGGUGCUUCGGAACUUUGCUAUGGGGUUCUGCAACACGAUGGGCAGGGUGGGCGGCAUGACGGCUCCCGUGAUUGUUAAUGAGAUAGCUGCCGAUGUCGUGCUAGGGAAAAGCAUCCCCCUCGUUAUUUUUGGAGCUGCUUCCGUUGUGGCGGGUAUAAUGGCGCUGGCGUUACCAGAAACCGCGAACUGCCCGCUCCCAGAAACAAUAGAAGAAGCUGAAAAUUUAAGGAAAAAGUCCCCCGUGGCUCCUUUGGAUACAACCACAGAGACACCUCUCUGAUGGCAGCCUUGUCGGGCGAUGACAUACAUCUAAAGAUCAUAAAACCUUUAAGAUGGUGGUAUUAAAUUUCACUUUUCUGAAUUUGGGCAAAACAAUA